AGGUUAUUGUCAAGUUAAAUAAUCAGAUAAGUCAUUUUUUAAUAUAUAAGGUAGCGCAUGUUGAAGAAGUAUCUUACAGAAUUUGACGUACUUCGAAGAAAGCGCAAAAAUGCUGAUUUUGUUUUUUACGAUAUUCUCUGUUGCAUUUUCAGCACCAACAGACACUGUUGUAAUUGAUCUUGCUAAGGAGACAAAGUUUGUACUAACAUGUCCAACACUGAACGAUGGAGACUUUGUUUUGUGGUAUAAGUACGACAAGAAAGCCUCAAAAGAUGUUGAACUUGGUUUCAGCGACGAAAUCUACUUCCCAUCCUUAACAGAAGUGGAGAUACGCGGUGUGAAACCAGGUUUUUCAGGAGUAUAUAAGUGCAAGGUACCCUUCACAGAAGAACUACUCAAAACAUUCGAGGUUAAAGCAACAGAUUCGUCCAAGGAAACAGAUGUAGUGCUGGUGGAUCCUCCCAAAUGGACACUCAUUCCCAACCCGCUCAAGAUCGUGAGCAAUAAUAGGGCUGUUAUAAUACCAUGUCGAGCAAGCGGUAAAGAUGUAGUGGUCAAAGCUUUUAAACUCAAGAAAAACAAAGAAAUCCUCUAUGAACUUCCAAACAAAGGUGUGGUGCUACAUACGCCAAAAGCUGAAGAUUCUGGAUCUUAUUUAUGCACUGCAAAGAAUCAAGGGGGAAAGCUGAGCCAUUACUUUGAGAUUUUAGUAAAAGUAAACGGUGGAGUAUCAGAUUGGAAUGAGUGGGAGCCUUGCGAUGCCGUCUGCGGAUAUGGUGUGCGAGUACGAAAUCGAAAAUGUGAUAACCCAAAACCAGCAAAUGGUGGUGCAAAAUGCACUGAAAAGAUGACUGAGAGACAAAGCUGUAGAAUAAGAUCUUGCACUGUACCACGGUUAACAAAAUUCGGUUUUGAGAUAACAGAUGAAGAAUUGAUCCUUCAUUGCCAUUCAAAAGGAAUACCGUCACCGGCCGUGCAAUGGAAAUUAGAUGGCAGAUAUCUGGACUCAACAUUUGAUUCCAAAAGUCCAACUAUGAAGAUUCCUAAAGCUAAAGCACGAUCGGGAUCUUACAGUUGCAAGAUUUCAAACUCUGCUGGUUAUUUCACAAUGUAUAUUUCAAUAGAAGUGUAAUCUCAUGCUUUUGUAUCUGUACAUAGUUCGGAUUGGACGUCACUGUAGUGGCAUUCUUUUUUUUAUGUUUUAAUAUAUUUCUAAGUUUUGCUUUCA